GUGCUCUCGGCAUGAAGUCUGGAAGAAUACUGAAUGAUCAGAUAACGGCUAGUUCGGUAUUUAAUUGCCCUUACUGCUUUGCCUAUUGCGCCAGAUUAGAUCAAGCUGAAGGCUAUAAUGGCUGUUAUUCUGGUUGGAUUUCGGAGACGUUUACAAAAGAAUGGCUGAAAAUUGAUUUACUUGUUGAGCAUAAUAUCACGGGAGUUGUUACACAAGGAAGACAAAAAAAUGGAGAGUCACAGUGGGUACUACUUUACUCAAUCAGCUACUUUAAAGUAAACCACAUCGGGGAAACGUACAUAACCGACUCAAAUAACCUUAUAAAGAUUUUUGAUGGAAAUUGGGAUAUCAAAACAGAAAGAUAUCAUUUUAUUCAACCUAAUAUCAAGGCAACCGGAAUUAAGUUCAACAUUAAAGGGUGGAAUGAGCAUAUAAGUCUCCGUGUGGAAAUUCUUGGCUGUAGAACUGAAAAUAAUUGGGUUCGAGCAUUCAAGGGAAUAUCGAUGAACGGAUUGAGUAUCUACAACGCUUGGAAUUCUGGGACAGGAUCGUCAAAUAAAUAUGCCGACAAGUUUCUUAUCAGUAACACCCAUUACAGAAACAAUGUGGUAUUAAACAACUGGGCAUCACUUGACGUUAUAAAAGUAAAAUUAACCUUAUAUUCAGCGUUUAAUGAAGAGUUGAUAUCAAUAUUGUUCAAUGGCGUUGGUACAUCGACAGAAUCUUGGUUCACAAAAGCUAACGUCGAAUCCUCUCCGUGGGACGACAUGGCCACAGCCAGCUCUAAUAUAUUUAGCAUUAUUGGUGACGAACGUGGAAGAAGAUUCUUAAUGAGCAGUUAUUAUGCAGGCUGUGGUGGAGACACAGGUUGGUUUAGAGUUGACGAAACUACUUCAUGCCGGGAAUGGGAGGGGUAUAGCACAAAUCCUUUGAUAAUUUACAGCAGGACAAACUCCAAAGAAAAUUGGACUACCGGAAAUACUGGCGUGGCACGUGCAAUGACCAUUGAUGUGAAGUUGGGUUAAGUAGAAUUUGGAUAUGAAAACGCAAUGAAGAACCGUUUACAGUAUAAAAAUUAGAAGACCCUCGAUUGGAUGUGGCGUGCGCAUUCAUGUUUUCACAAUCUGAUGUCUGUUCCCAUCACAUUGUCGUGUUGGUCAUUUAUUAUAAUUACUGUACAAUAUGUACACUUUAUGAAAAUCACUUUUAUGAAAAUAGUCCAUUGUGUGGUCCACCUAUUUUCAGUAAUUUAUAAAAGCAAAGAAAAAAAAUGUGUAUAUUAAAAAAAAAAUAUGUAUGUUAAAAAUACAUUAAAAUUAUGCACAUUUGAAUGAAAAAUAAUUGCCAAUUUAUCAUUUAAAUAUGGUUAACAAUACACUUUAGAAACUUCGCAAUCAACAUUUAAUGCGAUCCAAAUUGUUUUAAUUAUUAUCUUUUAUUUUACUUUAUUUUAUUUGACUGAAAUAUAAAUCAUCAUAAUAGAUACAUUUUAAAAAAAUCCAGCGAGGGAACGUGGCAAUAAGUGCAAACACCUCUAAACCGAUAAGUUCUCAUAAUGCACAUGUCCCGACGGCAAAUACAUAAAAUAGGCAUAUAUUUGUCUACAAAAUAUAACUCAACAAACAAAAUUACACAAUUAAACAUAAAGGACGAAAACAUUUUGUGAUCCGGGUGCAUAUACUUACGGGGUCAAACACGUUGACAAACAGAAGCAUCAUGAUCCCUACAACUUAUUGAUUUUAAUUUCUUAAAAUCUCUACUGUAAUCACUAUUCAUAUGCAAGUAAAUAAAUAUUAUCAAUCUCCUUUAAAUUGCACUUAAUUUGGUGUAUUAAUGUACUUCUAAUGAUUCGGCCGCUGAUCUCUAUAUUUCAUAGAUAGGCAUACACUUUCCUAGCUUUCGAUAUAUUAUGAAAGCUCUGAUUAAUGAGACUGAGUUGAUUGCAUACAAGGUCGAUACUUAAACUACGUAGAAGUGGGGUAGUUUUACAAAACAUCGACAGCCAAUGGCUGUCUUUAGUGGUUUACCUUGUGUGGUUUAUGUGUGAAUGAUACUAUUAAUAAUGCUCACAUUAUCACCCGUACACUAAGAUAGGAAGCAUGAUAGAAUUCCAAAUGAUACUUAUAUUUUGUGUAAGAACAGCUAGGCCAAUGUAAAAACCAGUGUAACACAUCCUGAUACAUUUGAGCAGAUCCCGAUAUAUUUGAGGGAGUAAAAAAGCCUUAUGACACUUUCUAAUACUAUCCUGAACAUUUUUUUGGUGAUUUAAGAUCACUUGAUAAAACAAGACCGAGUAACGAGUCCAUUAAUUUUAGUUCACAUUCAUAAAGAGACAAAUAUGGAUCUAGGGAAAGAGUGUUUUUUUUUCCUUCUUUAUUUUUUUAUUUUUUUUUUCAAAAAACGGUAAAUGUGGUUUUGCAUGGUUUACAUUGAAGACCAUAAUCAGAGAUGUAUUUAUAUACAUAUUUCAUUCGAUUUUGAAGGCCAGACGAUCGAGGAUGAGACUGAAUAAUAAUAGGUCGUCAGCAGAGCAGAAUACAUUGAGGGUUGAAUUUGCAAUAACUAUACCACACUCCAUUGCAUUUAGACCAGAAACCAAUUCUUUAUAGAUUACAAUUUAAAAUUAAAAUGGGAAGGUAAACCUCCUUGCCUUGUAGCUUUACGAAUUAAAACCUGUGGCAUAUGUGGUUGUUCAGUUUAAUAUACACAGUAAAUUUAGUGUGUCGAUGCGGGCUAUGAGCAUUAAGGCCAUCUGAGCUCUGCAUUUUACAUGUGUGUGUUUAGGCAAUACAUUACAUACCUCCGGUCGGCUCUCCCCACUAAAAAGUUCGAUUGGGUACCUGCGAAUGUUGUAGUUCUUUAAUUGCUUUUGUGUGUAAAGUUCCAGAAAAAAAGGAAAGACAGGAACAAAAUAUCAGAAAAGAAAGUAAUAAUUAAGUUUCGAAUCUCCCCAGAGAGAACUUCAUACUAGUUAUUGCAUUUUAGCACUGACUCUGUAAUUUUGAUAAUGGUUGGUAAUCUUUUAGUUUUAUGGUGUUAGUAUAUUUUGUAUAUUAAUUAAUCUGUAAAUAAUAACAAUAAACAUUGUUAAAUUGUAAUAAUAAUAAUAAUAAUAGUAAUUUUAACGAUGAGAGUUUUGAUGAUUUAAAAUCUUCAAAUCUUAUUAA